UCAGCUAGGAACCAUGAGAGGACAAGAUGACAUCUCUUCAGGAUGGUGUAGAGAUGUGGGGGGAGUGUGCAGGGCUGGUGUGCGAGGGGUGGGGACACGUUGGGUUCAUGGUGCUGUUUGUGCAGGUGGCCUCCGGGAGAGCAGUUUCCGGAGAUGAAUUUCCUUCUCCUCCACCACUGCCCGUGGUCUCUGAGGCUGAUGGAGAGAGACCCGCCACACCCCUGCAACCCCUGGAAUCAAAGCCACCCAGCAUCAGAGCACGGACGAUCAAGGUGGACUUACCCGCUCAGAAAGAAUGUGGGGCUUCCGUCGAGGGAGACCUCAAUGACCUUCCUUUGAAAAGAAAAAUGUCUUUGCAAGUAGGUAAAUAAAAAAAGAAAAAGGAAAGAAAAGAAAAACGGAAAAAGAUUUUCAUUUCAAAAUAAUCUUUAUUAUCUGAGGAUUACAAGAAUUGUCACUUCAAUUAUGCUGACGUCUCUUCUUAGAAGGAGGUAUAAUGGCUUUCUCCUUCCAAGCUGGAGUGACUGUCAUUAGGUGUGGGAUGUACUCCAUUACUUAACUCCCUGCCAUUAGAAAUGUUUAGUGGAGACACUGGCUGAUUUUUCUUUUUCUUUCACUCUGCUCAACCCUCCAACUCCUCUUCUUCUGGCACAAAAGCACAAGAAGCAGCAGAAAACGCAUAUGAGCUUUCAAGGCAGGGA